AUGUCAUCAAUAGCAAAUGAAACAACUAUCGAAAAACUUUCAUCGAUGUUAGUGGACACAUCAUUACCACUCAAACUUCGAUUUCGUAUUCUAUUCACCCUCAAGAGUCUCGAUAGCCAAAGUCAACAACAAUCGGAAAAAACAUCUCAUGUUGUCGAUGCUAUCUCUCGUGCAUUUGCAGACACUUCAGCAUUGUUAAAACAUGAAUGUGCUUAUUGUCUUGGACAGAUGGGCAACAAAUAUGCUAUUGAGAAAUUGAUUCAUGUGUUAAACGAUUCGAAUGAAGAUUCCAUGGUACGACACGAAGCCGGUGAAGCAUUGGGUGCAUUGGGUUGUUUCGAUAAUCAAAAUGUCAUCGAUGCACUCACAAAACAGAGUCAAAAUUCUCGAGCAGAAAUUGCUGAAACCUGUCAAAUUGCGCUUGAUCGUCUAGCGUGGCUACGAAAGAGUGCAUCGAAUGGAACAUCAUCAACUUCAACUGAUAAAUCAUUUCCAACCAUUGAUCCAGCACCACCACUAGCGCCGACAACCAUCGAUGAAUUAAAAGAAAUUCUAUUAGAUGAAAAACGAUCUUUAUUUGAACGCUAUCGUGCAAUGUUCGCUCUCAGAAAUAUUGGUACCGACGAAGCUGUCUUAGCCAUAUGUGAAGGCUUCCGAGCAUCAAGUGCUUUGUUUCGACACGAAAUCGCUUUUGUGCUUGGUCAACUUCAGUCAGUCUGUUCUAUUCCAGCUCUUCACCAACAACUAUCAAUUCUCGAUGAAAACUACAUGGUCCGACAUGAAUGUGCUGAAACACUCGGCUCCAUCGAUCGGAUAAUCUUGCAACCAGAGAUGCAAAAACAAAACAAUCUAAAAUGGAUGAGUCUUAUUGCAUUGAUCCUGCAAACAACAGGCAUCGUUCUUCUUUUACGGUACUCGCGUACGCGAAAAGGUGAAAGGUAUAUCUCCUCGACAGCGAUUGUUGCUUCCGAGUUCAUCAAAGGAUUGAUAUGUGUUGUUCUUGUUUGGUUUGAAAAUGAUUGCUCAUUUCCACGAUUAUUUCGUAAAUUAAACGAGGAAAUAUAUGGCAAACCGUCUGAAACAUUCAAGUUAGCGAUACCCAGUGGCUUAUACGCAAUACAAAACAAUCUUCUAUUCGUGGCUCUAUCGUAUCUCAAUGCUGCGACAUAUCAAGUUACUUAUCAAUUAAAAAUUUUAACAACGGCCCUCUGCUCUGUUUUUAUGCUUCGAAAACGCAUAGAAAAGCAUCAAUGGUUUUCUCUGUGCAUGUUAGCGCUCGGUGUGGCAUUUGUGACCUGGCCAUCGUCCGAUGAAGUCGCUAAACGCGCCGCUUCACACGUUCAACGAUCUUGGUUUCAACAAUUCAUUGGUUUUGGCGCUGUUCUCAUGGCAACACUCACGUCCGGCUUUGCUGGAGUUUAUUUUGAGAAAAUUCUCAAAACUGGACCAACAUCAGUUUGGAUGCGAAAUAUUCAAUUAGCUAUCUUUGGUACACUCUUUGGUUUAGUAAUUGUGUACGUAUUUGACUAUAAUGCUGUGAUGGCAAAAGGAUUUUUCCAAGGAUAUACAACGAUUGUAUGGAUUGUUGUGUUUCUUCAAGCAAUUGGUGGUUUAAUAAUAGCUGCUGUGAUUAAAUACGCUGAUAAUAUAAUUAAAGGCUUUGCUACUUCACUUUCAAUUAUUCUUUCAUCCGUUGUUUCGUAUUUCGUUCUGAAUGAUUUCACGCCGACAGCAUUUUUCUUCAUGGGAACAAUGCUAGUUAUCACGGCCACAUUUCUCUACGGAUGGGAGAAGAAAAAAAGAGUAAGCUUGCGCUUAUCAAGGAAAUAUAUAAAUUAUUUUGUAUUCGAAUUGUUACUCACUUUAUAUAGUAGUAUGGAUGAUCAUACGAUAAAGAACGAUCAGGAUCCUCAACAAGUCGAACCUAAUCUGUCAUUUGUCGCACAAAAUGAAACAGUUAGUACGACGACAAACAUGUCUCCGCCGCCAUCGCGUGCAGUGCCAAGUUCCUCACGUCCAAGUACACUGCAGCUCGGUGGUCUACGCAUGGGUAGUUCAAUCCUCUUAACACCAAGUGACUACAACAAACUUACGCUGAGCACACCAGAAUUAGAUGAAAAACUACGUGGCUAUACAAUUGUUUCGAAUACAACGCCAACCGUUCAGUUACAAACUCCAGAUAUUAUCAAUGCUAUAACAGCACAGCCAGCAAGUAAUAUAGCAUUUGCUGCUGAUGGACAACCAUCACCAGGUGUUAAAGUUCUUGAAGAAUUAAUCAAUGCACAUCAACAACAAAUUCAGUCCGAUAGCAAUGGUCGUCAAUAUAUCGUUUUUCCAUCGGACACUCAUCAGCUAUUACAACAAAUAUCGUCUUCUGUGGGUGGUGAUCAAUUAAGUCAACUGACACAAGCAUUACAAAAAGCGAUUACUGCAACGACACCGACUAGUGCCGAGAUCCAGAAUCAAACUCAAAAUCAAGAACAUGUUCUAACGUAUCUCGCGAGUCAUAUCCCACAUCAACAAGGACAAGAACUUCACACCCGCAAUCGCUCGAUAUCCUCAUCAAUGGAAACAUCAAUGAAUGGCAAUGAAUCGUCCAAUUCUGCUCUGUCAUCUUCAGAACCAAGUCCGAUGACUGCACAUAUUCGGCAUAAUACAAUUAUGUUAAAUAAAGUGAAAGAUGAACCUCAACAUGUUCCGAAUCUACGGAACAACAAUGGGAAUUCGUCGAUUGAACGUAUUAGUCUUGAACACAAUGAAUUAUUGAAAAAAGAGAAAAAACGUGAACGAAACCGUCAAGCAGCACAAAAAUGUCGAACGCGUAAAUUAACACGCAUAGCAGAACUGCAGAAACGUGUGAAUGAAUUACAGGAGAAAAAUCGAGAUCUAUCAAGUACUGCCGAUCGAUUGAAAACGGAUAUUAACAGAUUGGAACGACAAUUGCAAGAACAUCAAGCACAAGGGUGUACAUUAACUGCCACAGGAUCCGUUUUAUCCUAA